AUGUCAGUGGGAAUGGGCUCACCAGCACACAUCCUAUCAAUCAAAAAAAAUCAAAAUACAAUGAUUCUAACAUCUCAAGCCAACAUUGUUACAAGUUGUCAACAAGUUCUGAAAGUCAUAGACCUGUCCAACCUAAUCAGUCUGUUCAAACGUUGCACAGAAAGUGAAUGGUAUCAGGUCACUGAAUUUGGCCUGUCUGAGCUCACCAAGAAAGUGCAAGACACCCUGGAUGCCUGCAGGCCGAAAUCAGAUAGGCAUCCAACCAAGUCACUGAGUGUAAGGAUUGUGUAUCAAUCCUUCACUGUAUGUUGGAAAGGCACUAGCAAGGAGCUCAAUAGCUCCAGCGGGGACAUUUCUAGUACCGGAGUGGAUUGA